AUGGAUCCAUUUGUGGAUCUACAAGAUGGAAUUGCUGUGGAUUUACAUGCUGGAAUUGCUGUGGAUCAACAUGCUGAAAUUGCUGUGGAUCUACAUGCUGGAAUUGCUGUGGAUCAAUACGCUGAAAUUGUUGUGGAUCUACUUGCUGGAAUUGCUGUGGAUCAACUUGCUGGAAUUGCUGUGAAUCAACUUGCUGGAAUUGCUGUGAUUCUCGUUGGAAUUGCUGUGGAUCAGCUGGCUGGAUUUGCUGUGAUUCUCGUUGUGAUUGUUGUGGAUGUAUUGGAUAUAUUGGCGGGAAUGGCUGUGGGUAUAUUUGUGGAUGCAUUUGUGGGUGCAUUUGUGGAUGUAUUUGCUGAUGCAUUUGUGGAUGAAAUGGUACCGCAUAUAUUGGUCGGUAUAGUGGGUCCACAUGUUGGGAUUCUGUUUGUUGGUAUUGCGGCGGAUGCAUUUGGAAUUGCGGUAUUGGUUGAAAUUGAGAUGGAUCCAUUU